CCAAUGGAAAUGGACACCACUAACAGGAAUAAAAAUUCCAAUGGUUCUCAACAAGAUGGAUUAAUGAGCAGAUCACAGUCAUUGAACGGAAUAAAUCGUAAAGGUGGUGCAUUUAAAGACAAGAGAUCAGUUGAAACCACUAGAGUUAUAAUAAAUAAACAAGCACGAGAAUUUUUCCUACCGACUGAAGUAGAGGAAGAUGGUAGAAAACCAAACAAGAAGUUAACAUUAGAUUGGGUAUACGGGUUUCGAGGUCGUGAUGUUGAAGACAAUAUUAAAGUAUUAGUAACUGGAGAGUUGGUAUAUUUUGUAGCUACUGUAGUUGUUAUAUAUGAGAAGAGAGAACAGCGAUAUCAAGAUAGAUCAAAACCAUUGACAACUGAAUUACAACGACAUUACACUGGACAUACCGAAGAGGUUACUUGCUUAGCUCUUCAUCCCAAUAAACGUUUUAUUGCCAGUGGUCAACUUGCUGGUUCAUCACCAGAGUUUGCUGCACAUGUAAGAAUCUGGGACGGGCUGACACUGACUACAUAUCAAGUUGUUGGAUUUGAUGUAUUUAAAGCCAGUGUUAAAACAGUCGCUUUCUCGGUUGAGGCGGAAGGGGACUAUAUUAUGGUAAUCGAUGACAGUGAAAAACAUGAACUAAGUGUUUGGGACUGGGGAAAACCAAAACGUAUUGCUAAAACAACAACUACGGCCGAGUCAGUGACAGGUGGAUGUUUUUAUCCUGGUGAUAGAAAUGAUAAGAAAUAUAACAAUGAUAUUAUCAUCACCUAUGGUAAUAAACAUCUGUAUUUCUGGAAGUUGUUCUGGGAAUCCAGCAAUAAAAAGAGUGGCAUAUUUGAGGAAGAAACCCCAAAUGUGACGUCCGCAGCCUUUUCAGAAAACGGCCAAGUGAUCACUGGAAACUCAGAUGGCACAAUACAUAUUUGGGUUGAUACUAAAGAUGACUAUGUAUUUAUUUUAUCGGAAGAGAUACCUGCACAUAAGAAAGCGGUGUCAUCUUUAUGUAUGAAGCCUGAUGGUGUUCUGAUAUCUGGUGGAGGAAAUGAAAUCAAACACUGGGAUGCACCAGCUGGUUUUAAGAAACUGAAAGAAAAAACGUUACCAGAGUUGUCAGGAAAUGUACGAUCUGUUGUACUACAAAAUACUGACGCACCAGAAGGAUCCCUGUACAUUGGUACAACCAAAUCCUGUGUUUUAGAAUAUGUGGGCAAGAAAUUCUCUUACGUUAUCCAGGGUAACAGUGAUGAAAUCUGGGCAAUUGCUAGUCAUCCUAAAGAAGGUUCUUUUAUAACUGCUGGACAUGAUCAACUGGUUAUCAAAUGGUCUACAUUGAAUCAUGGUAUUAAAUGGAGAACACAGAUAGAGAAACCCUGUGUAUCAGUAGCUAUAGAUCCUAAAGGUGUACUAGUUGCUGUCGGCACUACUGUUGGUAAAUUGGUAUUAUUAAAAGUGGAAGAUGGGUCAGAAAUUACCUCUACACAAGUUGGUAAUGCUCAGAUUAAUGCUCUCAGUUUCAGUCAAGAUGGUAAAAAGUUGGCUAUUGGUGCCCAUGAUGGAUUUACGCAUGUAUUUUCUAUUAACGAGUAUUGUCAAUUCACUCGUACACAAUCUGCUGCCUUGAAGAAUAAUAAUUCAUUUGUUAGUCAAGUAGAUUGGUCUGUUGACAGUAACUUUUUACAGACUGUACUGGGAGAUUAUGAAGUGGUAUAUUGGGAUAUCAAUAAUAUGCAGAAGAGAAAAGAUGCGAGAAUAAUGAGAGAUAUAGAAUGGUGUUCACAAACUUGUAGUGUUGGAUACGCUUUGAUUGGACCAUGGAGUAAUCUUGAAAAUGGAGAAGUUGUCAAUGUUGCUGGUCGUUCAGCUAAAUCUGAGUUCGUGGCAGUAGGUGAUAAUAGAGGUCGUAUUCGACUAUAUCGACAUCCUUCAACAUCAUUACAGGCUCAGUUCAGAAAUGUGAAACCCUACUCUAAUAAUGUUACAGCAAUAACAUUUACUGCUGAUGAUAGCUUUGUUUUAAGUAGUGGUGGAAACGACGCUGCCUUAUUCCAGUGGGUUGUUUCUGAUCUCAAUGCAGCAUAAAGAUAUAGAAAUUUGAUUUAACAGCAAUUUCGUGAUAUUUACUUUUAGAAUAUUCACUUUUUCUAUUUUGUGCCUUAAUUAAUAGAAGGCGCUUUAAUUUUUGGUCAUAUGUUUUAUUGUUUUUGGAUAAUUUGUCUGAAGCAUCACGAAUAUUUUUAGUGAUUUGUUUUAUUGAUCUUUUGAUUUCAUUUCUAUACCAAUGACUUGUUGUUAGGAAAGUCGAAGUAUGUACAAGAUAUAUAUCAAAUUUGUACUGUGACCUCCAAUCCUUGAAAGAUUUUGUUUGAAAACGUUAACGAACUGAAUAUAAUAUUUUUCUAAAUUUCUAUGAAUAAAUCUUCUUUUUGAUGUAUUUGUCAUAUCUCAGAUUACUAAAAUGUGGUGAUAUUUUCAACCCACUGAGAGCUUUAAGAUGGUUUGAAUUAAAAUAGCACUAUCAUUUCGGUCUAAGCACUCGAUUUGCAGAGUUUAUUUUUUAGGAAUAUUACAUUGUAAUGGCAUUUCUAGAUUAACUAUUAGCAGAAACUGUGAUUUUGUAUACUCUCUGGAAGUUAUUGUUAUGUAUUUUUACACACUUUAUAAUUAGUGAAGUGAGAAUGUUCACCUAUUUAUUAAUAAAUAAAGUUGAUAGCU